UACCUGUGUGACCGUGCACCCUGUGUCUCUCCUUUACACACGUACGCAUUUGGCACCAUGAGUCCAAAGCACGUCAUUUAUAAAAAGCUGUCACGUGACAAAUCCGUGGGAAUUUACAUGGGGAGGCGGGACUUUGUGGACCACUGUGGAACUGUCGAUCCUGUUGAUGGUGUAGUACUGCUCGAUCCACAUCAAAUAAAAGGAAAGAAAGUGUACAUCAUGUUGUCAUGUACCUUCCGUUAUGGUCGAGAUGAUUCAGAUAUGCUGGGUUGGGCGUUUCGGAGGGAUAUCUACGUGUGCACGAGGCAGGUGUAUCCCCCACUGCAGGACCGUGAGCGCAGCAUCCACACCAAGCUGCAAGAAAGGCUGCUGCGUAAACUUGGAAACGAAGCCCAUCCCUUCUUCUUUGAGUUCCCCGAUAACCUGCCGUGCUCUGUGACUCUGCAGCCAGCACCCACCGAUGAGGGCAAGCACUGUGCGGUGGAGUUUGAGGUGAAGGCCUUCUGUGCUGAGAAUCAGGAUGAGAAAGCUCAUAAGAGGAGCUCUGUGCGUUUAGCUAUAAGGAAGGUGCAGCAUGCUCUCGAUAAAGGCGACGCUCCUCCAUCAUGCGAGACAACCUGCGAGUUUAUGAUGUCAGACAAGCCUCUCCACAUGCGUGUCGCUCUAGAGAAAGAGACAUAUUAUCAUGGGGAACCGAUCAACGUCAGUGUGGACAUUGAUAACAGCUCCAGCAAGGAUGUAAAGAACCUUGUAGUAUCAGUUGAGCAGAUGACUAAUGUGGUGUUGUACUCCAAUGACAAAUACACAAAAUCUGUAGCCUGUGAGGAAACCACAGACGUGGUGCCGUCUGGAACCAGCCUGAAGAAAGUGUACACUCUGUACCCCUUACUGAAGAACAACCGUGAGAGGCGGGGCUUAGCACUGGACGGGAAGCUGAAGCACGAGGACACCAACCUGGCUUCUUCUAGCAUAGUGAAGGCGGAGGUGUUGAAAGAGAUUCUCGGGAUUCUGGUGUCCUACAGAGUGGUGGUCAGAGGCACAGCAGCUGGCAUGAUUGGUUCGAGUGAGGUUGCUGUGGAGGUGCCAUUUCUUCUCAUGCAUCCCAAACCUGAGGAAAUGAGGACACGGAUAUGGUGUUCGAGGAGUUUAAGCGCUCAUAUCUCAAAGGCGUGGUCGGCGAUGAUGAUGAAUCCGCUGAGGACUCCUGAGACUCCGAUCAUCUCUUUUUCAUUAUUUACUCUACAGUGAUUAUUACAGUGUUAUAGAGUUUAUUAAAGGGUGAAGGUGUAUUAGGUGGAAGAAGUUCUAGUGCUGCUAGUGACCUGUCUUUAUUCAGCAUCUGAUUAGUUGGUGACUAUUGAA